GCAGCGUUGAACUAUGAGAAUGUGAUGGAUACUGGUUCAGAGACAGAGGAUGAGGACAAGCUGUUGGUAUCGGAGGAGGACGGCCUACUUAACGGGGUGGGCAGCCCUGCCAGCCUGACCAACCACGACGCUGGAUCCCCGAGGGUGGGCCACGCCCUGAUGACAAAGGAGGAUGAGGACGAUGACAUGAGGGACAGCGGAGUAGACCAUGUCUGGCAUGACAACGACAUGCUGCACGCCUCAGUCGACGGUACUGGUGAGUGUCACAUGCACACACACACGCGCGUGGAUUACGGCCAAAAUUUUUCCGAUUUAUUUUGGUUAAGCCAACUCCUCCCCCCUUCACCACCACCACCUCCACAGUAACAUGGGAAGUGAUUGACCGCGCCUGGCAGUCAUAAGAAGUGGAUGAGAUCAAACCACGUUUUGACAUGCAGUGAGUUGACAGGGGCAAGCAGAGUCAGGAGACAUUACUGUAACUUGAUGAUGAAAAGGAAACGUAUGAUGGUGCCAUUUAAGAUGGCAGAAGUAUGGUGGAGAUUCCUACACCCCACAUGACUGAAACUCACCCAGCUCGUCCCAACGCUAAAUCUUUAUCCUCACUAAGAUAAACCAGAGUUACAUAAAAUGAUAUUAACAGAUAGCUUUUCAAUCAUAAAAUUCAGAGCAUACAUGACAUUUUCUUAGAAUUACCUCUUUUGAUUGUCUAUAUUAUCGCAAUAUGAUCAAACCUUCAGUAUGUGAUUGAUAUAUCUUAAUUUGCUAAUAAUCUAGUUUAGAUCAUUGCAGGCAGGUGAUACAUACAACUUUGGUGGCGCCUUCCAUUUUUUUUCCUUCGGAGCAUCACUGAUAGCAGAGAGCCUAGUCAUGGAUGCUUGAAAGAUAAAUACUUUUAAUUAGGGCUAGGGGAUAAUCAUUAAAGGAAGCCAGACUGCUGCAAAAGUCAUUAACAAUCUUAAAUGAAAUUUUUAUUUUUAUGAUAGCCAUUUACAUGUAUAAUAAGAGUCAAUGAUUCUUGCAGCGGUGUGACAGAAACAGAGUGUGGCGAGAACUCAUGUAAGACACCCCAUUUAAAUGAGCCGGUGUUAGCUAUUCAUUUCUGCUAAUGAACUGGGCUCUGUAGAGUGCUGAAAAGGGGGAAAUAUUCCAUGGUCUAAAAUGUUAAUACGCUCAAAAAAUUAUCAUGUAUUGAAAAGGAGGAAGUUCACUUUGUGGUUACUGAUUAUCGACAUGAAAAUCGGAAACAUAGUUGUCGUAGACAAUCGAUGUAUUAUUUUGCUAUGUUUAUGGAUAUUUAUAUUUCUGCCCCACUAGUAACAGUUCAUAUGGGGUUUGAUUCUUUAAAAAUAGAAACGUUUAAAUAAAUCAAGAUAAAAAAUAAACAAGUAGUCAAAGCAUACAGUAAUUGUUUAUUUGAUAAAAGCCUGUGGUGCCUUAAUGUCUGUAAUUCACUUAUGUUACAUUUCCCAGAUAAUCUGCUUCUCAUGUGAUAAAACGUCUUGUCUGCCAUAUUUCUGAGACCUAGUGUAGUUAAUUAGUGUAGAUGAUGGGAGUCUUCUCUUUCCCAAGCUUGUGGGCACUAUGUUUGUCUGUCUUUUUUCCUCUUUCACGGUGCCUUACUGUCUACAAUGAUACCUCAGCACAUAGCUUUACCCUGAGAUAAGCUGUGCUUUUCUCCCUGCCUUUUCUACAUCAGCUUUAGUACUCUGUCCAAAGGAUACAGGUUUUGAACUGAAGAGCACUGCAAAAGUUUCUUAGCUGUGCCUUUCCGGUGCCAGCACAAUCAGAGUUGUGUGUUCUAGAAUUGUCCUUGACAUUCUUUCGUCCCACAAUGGGGUGGUGGACGCAGUGUGCUGGAAUCCAUGACUUCACUAUCACUGACAGAGAUUCUAGAAUAAAUCACCUGCAUUCUCUCCUUUCUGUCCUUGUCUCUUUCUUCUCCUGGCCCGGCCCUGUUCAAGGACUUUCAGAAAACUAACAGAAAGGAGGAGGAGGACCUGUGUUUUUAUUGCGCCCUGUUCCAAUGGUAACUGGCCAUAAAAAUAGGAAUGUUUUCAAAACAAACAGCAUCAAUGGCGUUAAGUAAAUAGGUGAACUUAUGGCAGGGGAAAGGUAUUCUGGACCCCUCCUGGGUCGCAGUCAGAAACUUAAACACCGUCUUUCAGUGAGGUGCAGGCCUUCUCUCACACUCCCCCUCUCCUUACAUGAUUUAUCAGGUAGAGACAGACAGAAAGAGCAGACUGGCUCUCGACUCACAUUACACUUUCAACUAUAAAAACUGGCUCUCUCCAAUGGAUGUGUAGCUGUCAGAAGCAAUAGAAAUGGCCCAAAAAGUUUUUUUUUGCAAAGGGCCAUAGAAGUGAGGUAGGUGUAAGUGGUCUUAGCCUACCUCCUGCUGGAAGUUCUCUCACUCUCAUUCCUUGACCACAUACAGAUAAUAGGGACUUUUCAAGGUAAAGAGGGAAGAAAAAGGGACAAAAGGCAAAUCCCCUCUUGUGCUCCUUGACUCAUAUCAAAAAUAUACAGUGAAAUUGGAUUACUAAAGGCUGUAAAAACCAAAAUGGCUGCAUCCAUGCGAACUCGCCCACUUUCCAGGAAAAAGAGACAUGAGGGAAAGAGGAAAAGAGAGCUUGAUUAACAUUCAGUAAAUUAUAAACAACAAAAAAGUAACUAUUCAUAUAUGCUGGUCUCUUAAACACCAGAAUUAUAUUUGUGGCUGUGUUGGAGGAUUUUUUUGAUUGCUCACAAUACUCCAGUGUAUCUUCAACAAUAUUGCUAAAGGGCCAUUUCCUUAGAGUGCAGCCUGGUUUGAUGUCAUUACUGUGAAGACAACGGCACUCCAAACCCCCUCAUAUGCAAAUGAAAAAUGGCUGGCAAGUUUAUCCACCACACAGUCAAGCUUCAUGUCAAGGGAAAGUUGAGUACUUUUCAUUCAAAAGAGUCCAUUUUUUAUUCUCUGAAGCUAUUGGCUGGGUUUUUUAUCUGUUUGGUGCAGAAGGAAACCGUCUCACUUCAAGCGAAAUAAACAGAAAAAAAGCCUCUCUUAAUGAUUGAAAUGAACCAACCAUUAAAACAACUGAUUUUUUGCUCUACACGAAAAUAUACGGUAUAUAUAUUGUAUAAUAUAUUAGUUUUUCUGCGUAUGAUUCGUGAUUGCUAAUUCAAUGACAAUGCAGCCCUCAAAAAAUUAGGACGAUUUUACACAACUUGUCAGCUACUUUUUAAACUAAUUUCCAAAAUGUUUUCUGUUAAGUUCAAGGUGCAAGAGACAGUAAAGAAGAGAGUUCCUCUAUUCCCUUAAUCCAUUGAUUUGUUUGUUUACCCCUCCAUGGCAACACAGUAUCCUUGAGACCAUAGAAAUCACAUGGCUAGAACAAGGAGAAACAGAGAGAGACAGGAGCCAUUUUUAUUACCAGCCACUAUCUUCUCGGAAGUACCUUGAUUUAAUUUUCAAAGACAGGACGGAAGGAAGGAGUCACAGAGGACUCCUUAAGUUAAUUGUCUGUGGACUUGAACACCAACAAUGUCCUCUUGUUCGCCGCCUAUACGGCAAGAGAAUUUACCCACCAAUGUCAAAAGUUGUUCUCUCCCUUGUUUAUGAGCCUGUCUGUCAAUCUGGGGUCCUUUAUUUAUGGCUGUCUUACCUGUGCCAGGACAAAAUGCAAGUCUGCCCUUGUCGUUCCUAAGACUAUGCAUUACACUGAUUGGUAAUAGAGUCUAAGCCCACAGCCCACGUUUUUCUGUGAAAACUCCCUGUAUAGUUUGUUAUUUUUUCUGCCGCAUGUAGAUUGUUAGUAGUGUCACAGUGAGGGAAUAACAACUGCAAUGCCUUUUGUGCCAGUUACUCCUGUCUGAUUGUUCAGGUGGAUGGGGCUGGCUUCUUGAAUUAAUCUUUCUUUCUGGCGACUCUCGCUACCCCCGGAAUGGCAGAGCAGCUUUCUUUCCCACUGCUUGUUGUUUUUAAGGUAAAUAAGGCUCUGUCUGGUCCUGAUGAUAGCAUUCAUUAAGAAUGCCACACAAAGCCUUGGCACAGUGCAACACAGCAAGCCCUUUAUAUCUCCGUACCUUCCUCUGAAGGCUUCAUUGUGAGGCUUGGGUUUGCUUGGUACACUACAGCACUGAACAUUGAACUGAACUUCUUUUCUCCUCCCCUCCUCCCUUCCCUCUUUUCUCCACAGAUGAAAUGAAAGAUGAUUAUGACACUAUGGGGCCUGACACCACUCUUCAGACAGUUGGAAACGGUACAGGUGAGUUGAUUUAAUCCAUUGUGAGGAGAUUUGAUGUACAUACAGUGAGGGAAAAAAGUAUUUGAUCCCCUGCUGAUUUUGUACGUUUGCCCACUGACAAAGAAAUGAUCAGUCUAUAAUUUUAAUGGUAGGUUUAUUUGAACAGUGAGAGACAGAAUAACAACAAAGAAAUCCAGAAAAACGCAUGUCAAAAAUGUUAUAAAUUGAUUUGCAUUUUAAUGAGGGAAAUAAGUAUUUGACCCCCUCUCAAUCAGAAAGAUUUCUGGCUCCCAGGUGUCUUUUAUACAGGUAACAAGCUGAGAUUAGGAGCACACUCUUAAAGGGAGUGCUCCUAAUCUCAGCUUGUUACCUGUAUAAAAGACACCUGUCCACAGAAGCAAUCAAUCAAUCAGAUUCCAAACUCUCCACCAUGGCCAAGACCAAAGAGCUCUCCAAGGAUGUCAGGGACAAGAUUGUAGACCUACGCAAGGCUGGAAUGGGCUACAAGACCAUCGCCAAGCAGCUUGGUGAGAAGGUGACAACAGUUGGUGCGAUUAUUCGCAAAUGGAAGAAACACAAAAGAACUGUCAAUCUCCCUCGGCCUGGGGCUCCAUGCAAGAUCUCACCUCGUGGAGUUGCAAUGAUCAUGAGAACGGUGAGGAAUCAGCCCAGAACUACACGGGAGGAUCCUGUCAAUGAUUUCAAGGCAGCUGGGACCAUAGUCACCAAGAAAACAAUUGGUAACACACUACGCCGUGAAGGACUGAAAUCCUGUAGCGCCCGCAAGGUCCCCCUGCUCAAGAAAGCACAUAUACAUGGCCGUUUGAAGUUUGCAUAUGAACAUCUGAAUGAUUCAGAGGAGAACUGGGUGAAAGUGUUGUGGUCAGAUGAGACCAAAAUCGAGCUCUUUGGCAUCAACAACUCGCCGUGUUUGGAGGAGGAGGAAUGCUGCCUAUGACCCCAAGAACACCAUCCCCAUCGUCAAACAUGGAGGUGGAAACAUUAUGCUUUGGGGGUGUUUUUCUGCUAAGGGGACAGGACAACUUCACCGCAUCAAAGGGACGAUGGACGGCACCUUGUACCGUCAAAUCUUGGGUGAGAACCUCCUUCCCUCAGCCAGGGCAUUGAAAAUGGGUCGUGGAUGGGUAUUCCAGCAUGACAAUGACCCAAAACACAUGGCCAAGGCAACAAAGGAGUGGCUCAAGAAGCAGCACAUUAAGGUCCUGGAGUGGCCUAGCCAGUCUCCAGACCUUAAUCCCAUAGAAAAUCUGUGGAGGGAGCUGAAGGUUAGAGUUGCCAAACGUCAGCCUCGAAACCUUAAUGACUUGGAGAAGAUCUGCAAAGAGGAGUGGGACAAAAUCCCUCCUGAGAUGUGUGCAAACCUGGUGGCCAACUACAAGAAACGUCUGACCUCUGUGAUGGCCAACAAGGGUUUUGCCACCAAGUACUAAGUCAUGUUUUGCAAAGGGGUCAAAUACUUAUUUCCCUCAUCAUCACAUUUCCUAUUGCUGCAGGAUUCAUUUCCUGCUGUAGAAAACUGGCUCAAAUCAAGAUCCUACAUCUGUAUUGUGUUAAAAGAAGAGGCCGAGACCAACCACCCUUCCAAUCCCUGUGUGGGUGGCUGUGUAUCUCUGUGUCCGUGUAGAGCAUUAGUGUCCCUGCAUGGUCCUUUCUACACAAAACUAUGGAACCAAAUCCUACCUGCCAUUUUUAAUUAAGUAAACAAAGCUGAUUUCCACCCACAAGCCUCUUGGGUAUUAAGUUCUCCCUCCAUGAUAUCAUCCUGACCGCUGCUGACAAUUGGCCUUGGCACCGUUCGAGUAAACACUCACCACAUAAUGGGAAUCCUUCCUUAGGAAUCUUCUAUUCUUCUUUUUAUUUAUUUAUAUAUUUUUAGAUUUUGUGUGUGUGUGUGUGUGUGUGUGUGAGAAUAUGUGUGUGUGUGAGAGCAUGCACGUUUGUGAGUGUGCGUGCACACGCGUUCCUGUGCAUGUGUCGUAACUUUUUGUGUGGAGAUUUAGACAUCGCAAAUGUUUCCAUUCAGGACAUUGAGGCUGUGGAAACAAUGUAGAGGCACUGCAUUGGAAGAAAAAACCCACACUAGAUUACAUGUGACUUCAUUUAUGAAAUGAAAAAUGCAAUCAUGUCUUGCCACCUAGGCACUCUUUUAUCCAGGUGAUUUCCUCUAUUACAGAGAAGAAAUUACCCCCUGUUAUUUUAGAGGGGACAUUUAAAAGGAGGCAUUAUGAGGUUGAGCUUGUAGCUUGUUGGCAAUACAGUGACAUCCUAAAUUACAUUUCAUUUGCUAAAUCUAAUUAGUCUAAAUUUGAUCUUUUUGAUGUAUUUUUGAAACCUUAAGAUACAUAUUUGUUCAACGGUGAGUUGUGAAUCCAACAUAGAGAUCUCAAGCAUCCUCACAGUUUUGUGUCUCUAAAUUACAAUAAAUGAUUCUCAAAUAGUUUACACAAAGUCCUAAUGAGAAUGCAGGAAAUUGAGCUGCCUAGUUAACAGUUGUUUCAUACGAUUUAAUAAAAGAUCCUUUGGCACCAGUGACAUUUUCAUGCCACUUUUGACAACCAAAUCCACUACCUUGACCUUUCACAAAUUGGGCCCAUAAAAUAAUCACUGAACGAAUCACAUUAUAAAAAUAUACCUUGGCUUGGAAAUGUCUAAUUAAAUAAGUAACUAUCUAAAUCCAGUCAAAUAAAACAGUUUGUGUGACUUCCUGUAACAUUUAGCACAACAAUGUUAUAUGUGACAAGUGUUAUAACAGUGAUAUUGAUAGGGGGUAAUAGAAUACAGACUUGCCUCAGGUUGUUGGAAUGCUGUAUGGUAUAGCUUUGAAUUAAGGUGAACCGUUGAGGGUCUAUCAUCUUCUGUUGACUAAUAAAGGUUGCAGAUUUUGAUUAGCUUUGUUUGCUAUUGGAGCCAGCUAUCUCUACUCUGCAGCUUUGGGAUUCCCCAAAGAGAAGGGACUGGAGAAUAUGAAAAAAAAAACACAAUGUGUGACUUCAGCAAUUUCAGAAAGACAGCUUUAGAAAGUACUUUCUUGACUAUGGUAAGGCUUUAUUUGUGCAACAUUGUGGUUUGUCCUCAGUAAUCUGUUCCACAGACAAUCAACUAACCAGAGCCCUUUUAUUGACCCCACAGGGAAUUUUAUUGUACUGUUGCUACACAAUGUGUAAAUAAAAUGUUAAUUGAGAGGCUUAAACACUGAGGCUUGAUUAAAUAGAUGGAUGUCUUUCGAUAAUCUCAAAGAUUCAAAAUGGUAAAAUACAAAUUAUUUUCAUAUCACGUAUGAUAAGGAAAAUUAGAAGUAAUUUGACCAGUUUAAAUUGUGUUCCCCACAUUUAUUGUGUAACUGGUAAUACGUUUCAAGUAAAUACAAUAUGUUUAUCUAAAAUACUUUCCCAUGAUUUAAGGUGGUACUUUUCUAAGAUUAACUCAUAUUUCUUGUUUUAGUGGCUGUUGUGUGACAAGAUAACACAGUAAUUCAGAUGUAUUCUCCCACAACUACUACCUUAAUGUCUAUUGUGGUGUUUCUUCAUCACAUUUAGACCCAACAUGUUCCCAGAAUUGCUGUAACACACAUUUCUCUUGGGGAGUGAAGAAUCCAAUUUUUUUAAACCCAUCUCUCUCUCUCUCUCUCUCUCUCUCUCUCUCUCUCUCUCUCUCUCUCUCUCUCUCUCUCUCUCUCUCUCUCUCUCUCUCUCUCUCUCUCUCUCUCUCUCUCUCUGCUCUCUCUCUCUCUCUGGCUCUCUCUCUCUCUCUGGCUCUCUCUCUCCCUCCCCCUUCUCUCUUUCCCUUCUUCUUUUCAGUUAAGAAUGUUGUUGAUUGCACUUCAGAAUUUGAGGAGUUCUUCGCUAAGCGCAGUAAGCUCCAGGAGGAGAGCCUGAGCGAGAGCCACAGCCACGUGGUCAGCAUCGCUGAGUACCUGCAGCGGGGUGACACUGCCAUCAUUUACCCAGAAGCACCCGAGGGAGAGGAGCUGUCCCGUCUGGGCACGCCCGAAGUGCCUGAAACAAACAGCCAGGAGGAAAAUGGUAAGAAUCCAGAGACCAGCCAGGGAGGGCAAGAACAGAACUGGGGACAGGGGCUGUAUGUAUAAAGCGUAUCAGAGUAGGAGUGCUGAUUUAGGAUCAGUUUUGCCUUUUAGAUCACAAUCAAUAAGAUUACAUAGACAGGGGUGAGCUGAUCCUGGAUCAGCACUCCUCUUUUGAGACUCUUGCUACAUACGCCAGCAGAAGAGAACAGAGCAGCAGUGGUGUGGCUGGACUCUUCUUCGUCUCUGUGGCUCAGUGACAUGGGCAGCUGUUGGUCUCACAGAUUCUUCACUGGAUGCCUCUGUGUUUACCUUCGGUCCUUCAGUCUUUAAGCAGCAGCAGCUGCCAGAGGUCUGAAAUAAGAUAGUACACCUCCCAGACCCCGGGGGAACAGGGAUUGAAUUAGAAUGGAUUUAUGAUACAUACUUCAGAAAUGAUGAAAGUGUGAGAAAAAUUGUAUUAAAUAAGUCACUUAAAAGCAAUUAGGCAAGGGAACUAUGGUUAAGGGGAGCAAGGAAGGACGAGGGGGAGGCUGGGUAAGGUAGUGUUCUUAAAAACCAGGUCAAGGUGCUUUAUUUCAGACUGACAUUUGUAAGAUAUCAGUGUAAGACAGUGUAAGAUUAGAUAUCAUGUUUAAUUUGUGUCGAAAGUCAAAGAAACAACACAAUUACUUAAGCUAAAAGUAUAUUAUGCAACACAUUCUAUAGGUCAAUUAAAAGCUAAUUCAUUUUAGUAUGUCUGAAUUUCCAUGUGUCUUAGUAUGUGUUAUAAAAUAAGAGAGAGAGCAGAGUCUGUAUGUGUGUGUGCGUGUGCAUAUGUGUGUGUGUGUGUGUGUGUGUGUGUCAGGGAUGCCAGCCUGAGACGAUGGCACUCUGUAGAGCAGAUUGCAGUGAUACCUCCCAUACCAUUCCGGGCAGUACGCCCAUUAGCUGCCAUUGAUUUGCUGACCUUUUGGACCGCUUUCCCUCCCCAACACCCCCUCCCCUUCUCCCCCCGUCUCCCCUACCCAGACCUGCCACCUGGAACUCCAGAUGCUUUCGCCCAACUGUUGACCUGCCCCUACUGCGACCGGGGUUACAAGCGCUUGACAUCGCUCAAGGAGCACAUCAAGUACCGCCAUGAGAAGAAUGAGGAGAACUUCGCCUGCCCCCUGUGUAACUACACGUUUGCUUACCGCACUCAGCUUGAGCGACAUAUGGCCACGCACAAGCCCGGCAGAGAUCAGGUGAGGAUCAUAUGCCCUCGUUUUUUUUUGGUGCUGUUUUCAAUCACUUUCAGGAUCAUAUGCACUUCUCACUUCUUCUUUUUUCAAUCACUUUUUCCUCUCCCCUUCCCUUCCCCUUCACUCCCUUGGAGGAAAAUAUAUCAUUUUGAUUGGCAAUCAUUAUUAAUUUUUCAUGGCAUUUUGAAGAUGCAGAUCUUUUAAUGGUAAUAACUUUAAUUGAGGCCCUAAAUGGUUUUUUGAUGGCCCCGUCUGAUAUGAUUUUGCAGUCUUAUGUUCACGAUCGAAUGAUUAUGUUAAUUUCCAAUUUAGACAUUUUAUCUGCUCCUUAAUUUCACUUUAACUAGUAGAUUUUAUGUUCUUUAAAAUCAAGCAUUUCCUUUAUGCAGUACUAUGUCAUACAUUCCACCAUUUCCUUACAUUUCAUAAACAGAGUCGACAUGUACACUUAUUAUUGAGUCUCACUCACUACCAAUGUCUUUUUUUAUAUAAACUAACCUGGGAAUGUGUUGGCAAUUUGCAUGCAUCACAUCCAACUCCCUGUGUGGAAAAAACCCACCUUCUAUUCAUAGAUGUUACAUUUGCUUGCCAACCAUGUUAAAAAAUACGUGAAUCUGAACAAAACCGGUAGUGACAAUUUAAGUCCUCUUGGGGUUAAAAAUAAAGAGAAAAGAAAGAUAAAAAUGUGUUGAGAAGUUAGUAAACCAUUGUGGCAUCGCUUACAGGCAAGUCCCAAUCCCAUGUCCCAUGAUAGCUGUCUCUACUUAGGAAAAGAUCCCCUCGCCAUAAACACCAUAAAAAAUUCUAAAAUAACCUGGAAUUCUUAACACUUCUUAUCCAAUUAAUACGAGCCAAUAAUAUUUGAAUACCCAGCCCAUGCGCCCCGCCCACAACAUCCAACAUCCCAUCCCUAACCUUCCCUGAGUCAUGUAGGAAAGCAAGUCCCCCUUCCCCAAAAACACAUUUGCUGGUGUUGGUGCCAUUGACAAUUAGGGUUAGAGAAUGACUGUAUCUUAUUGGCACAACUAAAGUUUACGGCGGUCCUCAGAGGGAAGCAGGGGUAGCCAAAGCAGCUGUUGCUGUUUGUUUAUGCAACUCAGCAACAUACGAGCGGUGGGGUCCCUGACUGGUGCUUGGCGGCCCCACCGACAGACAGACCCACUCCUGCUUGAUCUUUGAAGGUUGCUGCCGUUUGAACAAUCCUCCCUGUGUCCUCCCUUACGCCAUCUGUCUCCCCAGGAAUGUGGGUAGAGUCAGCACACCCCAGCAGUUGUCAGGCUGGAUCAGGACGCUGGCUGCUUGUUCCUGCUAUGCCUGCCUGCUUAGCGAGUGCUGCUGAGAGAUCUUUUGUAUUGCCUAACCAUUUAACAUGCUCACCUCCCACUCUGAAUUAAUUGUGCAUGCCUGGUGCGCACCCCUUUUACACGUACGCUGUUAUUGUUGUUGAUAUUACUAUUACAUUUGGAUUUUGAAACAGGCAGAGGCCUCCCCCUGUUUGAAUUGCAAAUUUGUGGGGCCGCAACUGAUGUUUACCUUUGAACAGAGAAUCAAGGCCUAGGCCCAUCCUAUCCAGCGUAGUCUAAGAUUAUUAAAGAGACAUUUGAGGAUUCAAAUGAUUAGUGGAAAUCUGGUCCAAUUAAGACAUUUCAACAUUUAUGGAAAUGUAAUGUUUCUUCAUGUAUAAUUACUGUUGUAUGCAGGUAUGUGAAAUACGGGGAAGGACUUCUUGUGAAAUAGUCUUUCGAGUGAUUACCCAAAUUAAUAAAAAUAGAUCAGAUUGCUUGUUUCUAAUGAGGGGGAAACUAUAUUUAAAAAAGAGCCCCUUUCAUUUAUUUUAUUUUAUUGGCUGCCAAAUUCUAAAGGCAUGCUUCCUUGGCUCGAGAGCCAGGAAAUUAAAAGGUAUGUGAUUCCGUCUGUUAUCAGCGCCACUCUUGUACUCUCUCAUUGGAGUUGGAAGUAAAAAGAGGCUAGAUGGGCUGUGUAGCAACACAAGCCAUUUGGCAUGUUGGUCGAUUGCACCGAGGGCUGAUUGUGAUUAUUUAGUGAACUCUUUUCCCCCUGUAAUGUUGUGAGUAGAACUCAUGUAAAUACCUGCUUCUUUCUCUAUAGCACCAACUGCUGAACCAGGGGGCUGGCAACCGCAAGUUCAAAUGCACAGAAUGUGGCAAGGCCUUCAAAUACAAGCACCAUCUGAAGGAACACCUGCGGAUUCACAGUGGUGGGUAGCAGGGGGGCCUGUGCACUCCUCUUUGAAUAUGCAUAACCUUGAUUUAAGACUGUGGUGAACUUCAUAGGGUGUACAAAAAUCGAUUCCCUUUUUCUUUUCUCUCUCCCACUGUUCCAAUGGAUGACUUGAGCUUCUUUGUUUCUAUCUGCCAAUCUUACAAUUGAGCAGUUUAAUUCCCUGAAAUUAGUUCAGUGUUUACACUUUAAUUUGGCAUUAAUUAAAGGUGUUCAUUCUUGAUACAUUUUCCCUCAGCCCACUUAUAUUUAAUAAUUGAGAAUAUGUGUGUUCAUUAUGCCAUUUUAAAUGUGUUCAUGGCAGAUAUUAUUUUUAAAGUAUACGUUGUUGUCUCUUUUCAGGUGAGAAGCCAUACGAAUGCCCAAACUGCAAGAAGCGCUUCUCUCACUCAGGCUCCUAUAGCUCUCACAUCAGCAGCAAGAAGUGCAUCGGCCUGAUAGCAGUCAACGGGAGGAUGCGCAACAACAUGAAGACAGGCUCUUCCCCUACAUCAGCCUCGUCCUCCCCCACUAACACCGCCAUCACCCAGCUGAGACACAAGCUAGAGAACGGAAACGGAAAUGGCAAGCCCCUGGGCCACCACCAGGACCAGAACAACCACCACCUGAACAUCAAAACAGAACCACUAGACUUCAACGACUACAAACUCAUGAUGGCCUCCCACGGCUUUGGCGGACCUGGGCCCUUCAUGAACGGAGGCAUGGGGGGAAACAGCAGCCCGCUAGGGAUCCACUGCUCAGCCCAGAGCCCCAUGCAGCACCUUGGGA